AUGAAGACAACCUACCUCACCUCCCUCACCACCUCAUUCGACCCCUUCACCGGUGCCGCCAAAGUCCCCCGCCUCCUCCUCACAUUCCUCUCCGCCGACGCCUUCAAAGCAAUAAACGUAAAAAUCACCCAGCUGCCACGAAAUUCCCCGCAGCCAGCCACAUUGGAACUGGGAUUCAAGGAUGGAAAAUCACUGAAGUAUUCAUGGUUGGACAAGUCAAAAAUGCCGAAGUUGGAAAAGGGUCAGAAGAGGGAGAAGCCGAUCACGCUGGGGGAUAUUGUUGGCGAAGUGAAUCGGCAUGCGAGGUUGACUCAGCGGAAGGAGGAGCUGGCUGGUUGA